AAGGAAACCAAGUAGGCCUGCUUCCCAAGCAAACAAAGGCCCUCUGGUUUCUCUCUCUUCUUCAAGACAAAACCAGCUUUAACUCCACGGCCACCACACAGCAAAAACACUGAUUCUCUUCCAUGGCUACCAAACUCACUCUCUUUCUCUUCCUUCUAUCCCUUACGAGUCAUCUCAGUCCCACAUUACAACAAAAAUCAAGUCAUAACCCAUCAACACCAACCAGUUCCGGCCAAGUCAACUCCAACUCAGUCCUGGUCGCCCUUCUGGACUCCCAUUACACCGAACUCGCCGAGCUUGUAGAGAAGGCCCUCUUGCUCCAAACACUAGAAGAAGCAGUGAGCAAACACAACGUCACAAUCUUCGCCCCCAAGAACGAAGCUCUUGAAAGAGACCUCGACCCCGAGUUCAAGCGAUUCCUCCUCGAACCCGGCAAUCUCAAGUCCCUCCAAGCCCUUCUCCUCCACCAUAUUGUCCCGAAGAAGAUCGGUCUACACCACUGGCCUGACUCACCCGCUGAGUCAACUCAGUAUGAAACUCUAUCAAUGGAUUCAGUCCAACUCUCUUGCAUUGAUUCUCACACCAGGCAAGUAAGCUCCGCAAUGGUGACUUACCCAAACUCCAUUGUUCGCCCAGAUGGAAUUAUUCAUGGGAUUGAGAAACUCUUAAUCCCAAAGUCAGUUCAACAAAAUUUCAACCGGAGAAGAAGCUUACGAUCAAUAUCUGCUGUUAAACCGGAGGGAGCUCCGGAGAUUGACCCAAGAACCAACCGCCUUAAGAAACCAGCACCUCCAGUUCCAGCCGGUUCGCCACCGGUUCUGCCCAUUUACGCCGCUAUGGCUCCAGGUCCAUCCUUAGCUCCGGCACCGGCGCCGGGACCAGGUGGGCCCCACCACCACUUCGACGGCGAGAGUCAGGUGAAGGAUUUCAUUCAGACAUUACUCCACUAUGGUGGGUACAACGAAAUGGCUGAUAUCUUGGUGAAUCUGACCAACUUAGCUACUGAAAUGGGAAGGCUCGUGUCCGAGGGGUAUGUAUUGACUGUUUUGGCGCCGAAUGAUGAAGCAAUGGCUAAGCUCACCACGGACCAGCUGAGCGAACCCGGUGCGCCGGAGCAGAUAAUGUACUACCAUAUUGUGCCGGAGUAUCAGACCGAAGAGAGUAUGUACAAUGCGGUGAGGAGGUUCGGAAAAGUCAGGUACGAUACUCUGAGAGUUCCACACAGAGUUGUGGCUCAGGAGGCUGAUGGGUCGGUGAAAUUUGGGAACGGUGACGAAACGGCCUAUCUGUUUGAUCCAGAUAUAUAUACUGACGGGAGAAUUUCAGUUCAGGGUAUUGACGGCGUUCUUUUUCCGGCGGAGGAAAAGGAACCGGAGAAGGAGGUCAGAACAGUUGCUCGUGUUAAAGUUGUGACCAAGCCUCGGAGAGGGAAUUUGCUUGAAGUGGCUUGCCGGAUGCUUGGGGCCUUUGGGCAAGAUUCCCGGUUUACCACAUGCCAGUGAAACUACCCUCAACUCCCUGCAUCAAGAGAAAACUCCCAAGGACAGAAAGUUUUUGCAAGGUAGGCUGCAAAUGUGAAGAUGGGAAAUCCUUGAAGUUCAUCUUUUAGCAUGGUGGUGUUGGUGUAGGAUUGAGAAGGUCUAUGCCAGGGGUGGCUGCAUGCAUAUACCAAGAAGCUGCAGAGAAUUUUUUGCAUUUUAUUUUGUGAAUAAUGGUGGUGAGGUGAGCUGUUUGUUGCUGGCCAUGAGAGAGAUGGGACUGGGAGGUCAUUAAUUUUUGUGUUUCUCCACUCAAUAAAAAUUAAACAAAAGUAGUGGGAAUAAUUAAAUAAAAAGGUAUUCUUGUGUUCAUGGCCCAUUGUAAUAAAUGUAUUGUGUUUUUGAAUGCAAUGUAUUUUCAUUAC